AUGACAGCCGCGGUGGAAGGAAAAGAACCAUCAUCUUCGCCAUCUAUUCAAAAGGAAAAGAAGAAAAAGAAGAAUAAGGGAGUAUGUCGGCUACUGGCCCGAUUCUCAAGCCCCAAGUCUGUUCAACCCCACAAACCGGGAAAACCCGGGUUUGAUAUUGCAUCCGCAUACCAAGGAGAAACGGAUGAGACCAAAUAUGAGUAUCCCAAGGAGCCGAAGACACGCCAAAUCAAACCACCUAGUAUCAAUGUGGCAUCAACAAGGCCCACCAAAGAAGUGCACAUCAACAUUACUGACGUCCUCGAUGACGAAGAAAAGUUGUACGCUUUGAGUCUGGCACCGACUCUAAAGAGACUCGAUCCUGAAAGCAGGAGAAUCGCUAGAAUAGAAAUAGAGAAAUUAUUGCUGCAAAUUGAAUUCGGCAAUCACCCUUCCUUGAACACCUGAUGAUCAUUCUAUGCCCAUAUCUUUCUCUACUGCAACCACUUCGUAUGAAAUUAACGUUCUUUUCUGGCUUGGAUGAGGCCCUUCCACAAUGUGUAAAUGAAUGCUCUUUCAGAUAUUUCUCUUGAGCCACUUGGUUGUUUCAGACGAAGUUCUCAGCACCUUUUUCCCUUCGGUUUUUCAAAAAAAGUGCACUACUUCACACC